AUGUCCAGCACCAUCGAAGACGACAGCGUAUCCAUACAACCCCCACGCAAGAAGGUCAAGACAGACUACUACUCCAGAGACGUCGACUUCGAUGUACUCGCUAAGCACGAUGCCGACUUUGCAGCAAUAUCCAAAAGUGCCAAACAAGAUGGCUGGAUAGACUUUCACAAUCCCAAAGUCAUACAACAGCUCACCAAGAGUCUGCUCAAAUACGACUUCGGCCUGAGUCUCUCCCUGCCAGAUGACCGCCUCUGUCCACCCAUACCUGUUCGCUGGAACUAUGUCCGCUGGAUACAAGAUCUUCUCGACACCACCUCAUCAUCCUUUUCCGAAUUGUACGACCCAGAGCGCAAAGUCGUGGGGUUGGACAUCGGAGUCGGCGCGUCAUGUAUCUACUCUCUUCUGGCAUGUGCGAGUCGCCCUGAGUGGCAUAUGGCUGGCACAGAUAUUGAUACUCAUUCCCUCGAAUACGCAAAACGAAAUGUCGAAGCCAAUGGCUUCGAAGACCGUAUACGACUGAAAAAGAUGAAGCCCGAAGAACAAUUGAUCCCGAUUGAGGCCCUAGACGUGGAAGAAAUGGACUUUGUCAUGACCAAUCCACCUUUCUACUCUUCUGAACAAGAUUUCCUUGCUUCAUACAACGACAGCUACAAAAACAACAACAACCAUCAUAAUCACAAACAACACCACAACGAAACCCCUCCAACAACACAAAACGUCCCCCUACCCUCAGCAGUCUGCAUCGGCGCCCCCAACGAAAUGAUCUGCCCCGCAGGCGACGUCGGCUUCGCCACUCGCAUCCUCGAACAAUCGCUCCUCCUACGCACUCGAAUCCAAUGGUACACCACCAUGCUCUCGCACAUGCAUUCCCUACAACAAAUCAUUUCCAAGUUAAAAGCGCACCACAUCACCAAUUUCGCCGUCACGACGUUACAUCCGGGCAACAAGACGAAGCGAUAUGCGGUCGCGUGGAGUUGGGGAGAUUAUCGUCCGCGAAAUGAUGUGGCGAGACAUGGGGAGUUGGUGUGGGAUGUUUUGCCGUGGCCGACGGGGAGGACGAUUCGUGUGGAGGGUUGGGAGAGUGUGAGGGCGGUGGGGAGGAGAGUGGAUGAGACGAUUAAGGGGUUGAAAGGGGCGAGGUGGGUGUGGAGGGAGUUGUUGGACGCGGGGGUCAUGCAGUGUAGGGAGAAUGUGUGGAGUCGAGCUGCGAAGAGGCAGAGGAUGUUUGCGGAGCGUGCGAGAGCUGCUGUGGGUGGUGGCGAGGGCGCGCAUAUGGGUGACCAUGAUGAUGAGGAUGCUGAGGAUGAGGAUGAGGAUGGAGUGGUGGCGCUUGCGGUCAAGAUUACGUGUAGGAAAGAGGAAGUGGAAGUGCGUUGGCUGAGAGGCCAGGACUAUGCGGUGUUUGAGAGCUUUUGCGCCAUGCUUCAGCGUACCUUGACGGGAAAGCAGCGAUAG